AUGAAGAAAGGGUCAUUACAAAGAACAUCACCCAGAAAAAGACCGAUAUCACCCUCUCGUACGCCUAGUCCAAUGUCAACUGUCACUUCAAGUACCAGGUCACCAUCUCCUCUUAGCAGGCAGGGCACACCUGCAACUUACAAAAAAAGGGGACAGAAGUAUCAACAGCUUGAUGUUACAGUAGAAAGUGAUGUAGGAGCUUCUUUUGAAUAUCAGAUUGACAAAGAUGAAGACUGUAUUAGUCCAGGAGUUAAAUACAUUACAGAAUCUCUUAUUAAAAACCUGUCCAAACAGGAAAAUUUGACAUAUGUAAAAUCACUGAAUCUUUCUCUUGCUAAGGAUGGGGGCAAGAAAUUUAAGUAUAUAGAAAACUUGGAAAAGUGCUCUAAACUAGAGGUAUUAAAUCUCAGUAACAAUCAAAUAGAGAAGAUUGAGAAGUUGGAUAAACAGUUAAAGGUACACGAACUCAAUUUGUCCUACAAUAAAAUCAGUAAAAUUGAAGGUCUAGAACAUAUGCAGAAUCUACAAAAGUUGAACCUUGCAGGAAAUGAGAUUGAGCACAUUCCUGUGUGGGUAGGCAAGAAAUUAAGGUCCCUGCGCAUCCUUAUUUUGAGGCAAAAUAAAAUAUCAUCACUCCAUGACAUAGCUAAGCUGAAGCCCUUAAAAGACUUGACUUCUUUGUUCCUGGCAGACAAUCCAAUUGUAAAUCUGCCUCAUUACCGCCUGUAUACCAUAUUCCACCUACGCUCACUGGAAAACCUUGACGGACAGCCAGUUACAAAUCAUGACAGGAAGGAGGCUCUUGAGAGGUUCAAUUUAGAAGAAAUAGAAAAAUUAGAAAAAGAUUUAGAGAAAACAAUAAAAGAGUUGGAGGACCUUAAAAUUAAACAGUUUGAAGUGCUUGAACAACUUCAGCAUCAAGAUGAGGUGAAUAAAUCAUUAAAACAAAAAACUCUUCAACAGAAACAAAUCUACAAAGAACUUGAGAGGGACCUGGACACCAAAAAUGAAUUGUCCUACAUUCUGCUGUCUAUUGGAGCCUUGCUGCAUGCUCUUCCUCAGCUAAAGCAGAAGACAAUGGAGUUAACCCGAGCAUGCCAGAAGCAAUACGAAUUGGAGCAGGAACUGGCUUUUUAUAAGAUUGAUGCCAAAUUUGAGCCAUUAAGUUAUUUUCCACCAGAGGAUGUUGAACUUGAUGAUGUACCUGGUGAAAGCCCUUACAUUGGUAAAGCCAGGUACAAGAGAAAUAUGUAUACCAGAAAAGGUUACAUUGCUAAUAAAGCUCAACAAAUACAAGUUGGAAAAAUUGAACUAGAUGAAGAUCUACAGAGGAACCAGCAGCUUAAAUUGAAACUUCAUCAAACUCUAGAUGUUCAGCUAGAAGAUAAAGAAAAAAAGAUUCAAGCUGCCGAAGGAAGAUUAGCAGAACUACAAAAUGAAAUAGUAAGUGCAGAGCAACACGUUUUAAAAGCAAAAGAGGAACUUAAACAACUGCAAGACACUGUGGCUCAGAAAAAAAUUUCAGAAGCAGAAAAGGAAAGUCUUCAACAGCAACUGAGUGGCAAGAUACUUCUCCUAAAUCAACUACGAGAGGAAGCUUUGGAACUAGAAAAACACAUGGAAAAACAGAAGCGAGAAAUAGGGAAUAAGCAAAAGGAGAUUGAAGACUUGCAGAGUUUUAUAGAUUCCGUAGAUCCAAAAGAUCCAAGAUACGCUCACAUGAUGGCUCAGAAAGCAAAUAAAGAACAGCAGCUUGACAUGAUGAACAAACAUUACAAACAACUUGAAAGUCGCCUGGAUGAAAUGCUUUCUAGGAUUGCUAGGGAAACUGAGGAAAUUAAGGAUCUGGAGCAACAGCUUACAGAUGGUCAAAUAGCAGCAAAUGAAGCACUGAAGAGGGAUUUAGAAGGUAUUAUCAUUGGAUUACAGGAAUACCUUGAGAGUGUUAAGGAUCAGGCCAAGCAGGCCAGUGAUGAAUGUAGGGAGUUGCGGAAGGAUAAGGAGGCUUUGCUGCAAAGAUUGGCUGAACUGGAGGAGGGAAGAAAUCAGCUGGAAAGAGUUGCCAUGGAUGCCGAAAACAUGAGAAAAGAAAUUGCAAAGCUUGAAUGUGCACUCCAAGAGCAACGAGAGGUAAAUGAAUCUCUUAGAGAGGCACAAGGGAAUCUCCGUGCAUAUGAGGGUGAACUGGAGGCCCGACUUAAAGUCAAAGAUGUUGAAGCCAAUCAACAGAAGGAAGAAUUGGAGAGACUAAAACGACUUAGUCAGAUGGAACACUCAGCCCUGCAAGCUGAACUUGAAAAAGAAAGGCAGGCAUUAGAAAAUGCUCUUACCAAAGCACAAAUAUCAGAAGAGAAGGAACAGGAAAACAAUAAGCUACUCUCCCAGCUCAAACAAUUGCAGGGAGACAAUAACCUUUUGAAACAACAGCUUAAAGAUCUUCAAAAUCAACUAAACCAUGCAGUUGACAACACAAUUGAUCCUGAAGAAGUCACAGCUCGUGUAAGUGAGCUCAAGAGAAAACUGCAGACAGGAAUUGGAGAAAUUAGAUGCCAUAAUUCAACUGAUAUUGUAGGGAAAAGCCUUGCAGACCUGCAGAAACAAUUUAAUGAAAUCCUUGCUCAUUCACAGCAAGAAAAAGAAGAGGCAUGGGCUAGACAGAGACAGUUACAAGAAGAGAUGGCAUCUCAACAAGAGAAACUGGGAGAUGCACAAGAAAAAUAUAGACAGGCCUGUAACAAAGCUGCAGAAGCAAGAAUUAAAUCUGAGAAGAGGCAGAAUGAGAUUAGAGUUCAUCAACUAGCGAAUGAAAUCCAGCACUUGCAUGCAAAAAUAAAGAGUAUGGAAGAAAUACAGGGCCUUGCAGAUCAACAACUUCAAGAAGUUGAUGAGGAGAAGGAGAAAAUUCUUGCCCAACUGGAAGAUUUAGAGAAUAAGAAAAACUUAGACGAUGCCAGGGCACAAAAGCAAAUUCUUGGCCUAGAUAAAGAAUUGAAGGAAUUAAAAAGAGCAAUAGCCACUUCGGAUAAACUGGCAACCACAGAGCUCUCCAUUGCCAAAGAUCAGCUAAAGUCUCUCCAUGGAACUGUUCUCAAAAUUAACCAAGAGCGAGCCGAGGAAUUUCAGGAAGCAGAGAAGUUCUGUAUGCAGGCAGCUCAUGCAGCUCAGGAUCUUGCCCAAGCAGAAGCAGAAAUAGAAUUGUUGCAAAGACUUUUAAAAGAAAAAGAAGGACAGUUUCAGUAUGAAAUGGAAAAACCUGAUGCCAGAGCUGUUGCACCAAGUUUUCAGAAGUUUGAGAUUGAUAAAUUAAACCAGAUUCUGAAAUGUCAAAGAGCAGAAAUUUACCGACUGAAAAGUUUAUUAGACAAUGCCAGAGCAGGUAACAAGGAUGAAAUAGACAAUUUACUGGAUGAAAUUGCAGCACUCAGACAUGCCCUUUCUUACCAGAAUGAUUACAUCACCGGUAUAGCAGAUCCAUUCAAAAGAAGGGGAUAUUGGUAUUAUAUGCCAUCAUCAUCACAAGUCUCAACUCCUGGUUCUCACAGCACAAAAGACUCUGGAGUUGGCUUACAGUAUCCUGUCUCAUCCUGGCAUUGCCAGGGCAGGCAAAUCAGGAAGGAAGACUGUGUCUCACCCACUGCAAGAGGAUGCUGGGUUUAUUCCCCAGUCAGGAGUGGGAUGUCCAAAUCACAUUCCAGUAAAGAUGGUGAACAUGGAGAAGAUAAUGGAGGAGAUGGUGAAAUGAAUGCUCCCAGUGUCUCUCCCUUUGUUGCACCUCCUGGUUCAGUUAUUUAUACUGUCCUUCCAGAUGGUGCCCCUGUACCUCAGGGGACUGUACCUCAUGGACCACCUCCUCCUAUACCAACCAAUGGUAGACCAGUUGCUCCUGGAACAGUUAUCUUUGGACCACCUCCUACUGGAGCUCAGAUUGUUUAUGGUCCUGUACCUGCUAACUUUUCUGUCCCUCUCAUUCCUAUUGGUGUGCUUCACUGCAAUGUGCCUGAACAUCAUGACUUGGAAAAGGAAAUCUCAAGACUAGAAGAUACUGUGUAUCGUUUAAGGUCUCAGAGAUGUGAAUAUAAGUGGACAGGAGUAUCUGAGCAUAAAUAUAAUAAAGAGAUGGGAAAAUUGCAUCAAAACAUUGAAGAUCUCUUGCAUGAAAGAGAAGAGCUGGAGCAUGAAGUAGCAGAGCUACAUAAGACAGCCCAGAAACGCAGUAAACGCAAGGACUUCAUUGAAGGACAUGUUGACAGUCUUAUUAUAGAGCUAGAAUUAGAAAAAUCUCUCAAACAUCACGAAGACAUUGUAGAUGAAAUUGAAUGUAUAGAAAAGACUCUUCGAAAACGACGGGCAGAGCUCCGGGAGGCAGAUCAACUUCUUGCGGAAGCUGAAACUGAACUUGAAAGUACCCGGGGAAAAACCAAAGAAACUAUUCAGAAGUACAAUCAUGCCAAGCAACACUUGUCUCGUACUGAGACUGAUGCUAAGGAGCUAGAGCGAAGAGCUCAGGAGAUGGCUGUUAAACUUGUGAAAGCAGAUCAGCAGUUAAGGUUACUUCAGGCAGAUACGAGGGAUUUAGAACAGCACAAGACUACACAAGAAGGUAUCUUGAAAGAAAUCAAUAAAGUUGUAUCAGCAAGAGAUUCUGAAUUCCAGUCCUUAAGCCAGAAGAUAGAAAUAUUGACUGAAAGUCUUCAGAAGCUGCAGGAAGAUAUUCAGGUUGCAGAAGGUAAUGAAGAUCAUCAUCUUCAAAUUCUUAAAGAAGCAGAAAAUAUUCUUCAAGGCAAAAAAACUGAGCUGGAAAGAUUGAAGGAUCAGAUAGCAGCUAACCAGCAAGAGCUGCUGCUUUUGGACCUACUGUUGGGUCAAAAAAAAGAAGAGCUGCUCCUCCUUCAAGACGACAUUGCACAGAAGAAAGGAAACCUCAAAGAAGCUCUUCGAGAAGGGGAGAUUGAAGUUACUGAUAAACAACAACAAAUAAAAGAAGUAAGGUCAUUUCUGGAACAGCUGAAUGCUCAGAGAGGAGAGCUGAAUGCCCAGAUAAAUGAAAAAAGAACACACCUUUCCCUCAUAAAGCAGGACAUUGGAAAAGAAGAAGAAAAUCUGCAGGGGGUACUAGGGCAAAUAACUAAACAUAAGACAGAACUGAAGCACAUUCUGGAAAUGUUACAACUUGAAAAUAAUGAACUACAAGGUCUAAAACUACAACAUAGCCAAAAAGUUAAUGAAUUAGAAAAGACUCAAGUUGCAGUACUAAAGGAGAAACUAGAGUUAGAGAAUCUCCAGCAACUGUCCCAGCAUCAGAGAGGGGAAAUGGAGUGGCAGAGACAGCUCCUUGAGAAAGACCAGCAAGAAAAGGAGAUGCUGGCUUCUCAAAUGCACACUCUGCAAAACAACACUGAAUCUUUGAGAAAAGAAAAGCAACAACUUGAAGAAAAUUGUCAGAGUUUGGAGAGAAAAUUGUCACAAACUAAAAAAAAUUUAACUGCUAUUGAAGAUAGUAGCAAAGCUGCACUGUCUAAUGUAGAGAAAAUGGACUUAAAGGUCAGAAAACUGCAACAGGAAAUUGACCAACUAAACAGACACAAAAAAUCACUAAAUGGAGACAUUGCAGUAAUAGAGCAGCAUCUUCAAGAAAAAAAGGAAGAGCUAGAUACAUUGACGGGUGAACUGAGUGACUCCAGGCAACAACUUCAGCUGGUAGAACAGGAUCUGAAAAAUACCAAAAGGCACCAGGAUGAGUUGCUUAGAGAGCAGGCAACCCUAAAAGAAGACAUCAGUGAAUGUUUAAACAAGUAUAAGGAUUGCCAAGAGGGACAGAAAAGAAAGGAGAACCAACUGCAGCAGCUUCAGAGAGAAAUCGAAGAGAGGAAACUAGAACUAGCCAAACAAGAAAUGAUUCUUCAACACCUCAAGGCAGACACUGAAUGUGAAGAAAAAAAAUUAGAAGAGUACACAGCUAAAUUGAAAGAUCAGAAACAACUCUUGGAACAGGAGCUAACAGACCAACAAAGUAAAUUUGAGCAGGCAAUUGCUAAAGUAAGAUUGGUAGAAGAAAGGGUUGAGAAACUGGAAAAGGAGGAGACCUGGUAUACAGCACUGGAAGAAACAGUGAGAAAAAACAGACAUCAACUCUCAGAAAAAGAAACACAGUUACAAGAAAAAAAACAAGAGUUUUUAUCCCUCCAGAAAGAACUAGAACUCUCAAAGGCUGAGUUAAACCACCUCCAAGAUCAGAUCCUGUUAGAGAGGAAGAAAGCAGAAAAGCAAAUCGCAGGUCUGAAGGAAGCAAUCAAAACCCAAAGGACUCAGCUUGAGAGAGCACUUAAUGAAAAAGAGCAUGAAAACAGUUUUUUGCAGAAAGAAAUGGCAGCAGUAGAACUAGUGGCACAUAAUAAUCAUGAACGAGCAAAACGCCUGAUUAAGGAGCUGGGCGAGAUCCAACAGGAUUAUUUGGAUCUCAAGUCACAGAUUAAAACUCGGGAAGAUUUGGAAAAGAGACAAAAGGAGAUAAAAGAUGCAGUGAAGAUGCUAAAAUUGGAGGUGAAAGAUGAAAUUAGAACUGGCCUUAAAGACGUAAGCCAAUCUCCUCCAGAGCUGUUGGAUGAUCUGGAAGCUGUUUUUGAAGCAAAAGAAUGUCUGGAGUGUGAACUAGAAAACUUAAAAGAGAACUUUCCAUUUGCAGCUAAUGAGGAAAGACAGCUGUCAUUUGAAGAGAAGAGGGAUUUGUCCAAAGUCCACUUAAUGGCAUGGCGAAGCGUGGCAUGGCGUGGAGAAGCACUCAGAGAAAAGCUGCGUCACCAUGAAGAUCGGCUCAAGGCUCAACUUCGACAAUGCAUGUCCCACCAAGUGGAAGUAUUGAUUAGAGGGAAACAGCAAACGGAGGGCACCCUGCACAGCUUGAAGAGACAAGUCGACGCACUAGAUGAACUGGUUAGCAGCACCACUGCAGAUUCACUCCUUCUGUCCCAGAGCUCAUCUGGGCUAAUGUCCUCCCUUCAUGAUGAUCUUAAUGUAACGCAGAACCAGGUUGCUCUGACAGCAGUUGUCAGAUCUCCUGACAGGAAGCCAGCAGGCAUUUCAUCUCACUCUCAACGAUUCCACCAAUAUCAUACACAAGAAAUAAUUCCACUAAACCAUGGAGAAGAAUGCUGACAUUUAAACAACGCUAACAGCUGUAUGGCUAGGAAUGACACUCCUUCUAGCCCCUGGUCCAAAAAUACAACCUGAAGACUGCUACCUCAUUAGCUUGGAAGUCUGGAUAACCAGACACCAUACAGGCACCUGUCAAGGCAGCAUGGUCUCCCAUUCCUGAAUAUUUUUUCCAUGUUAAUAGUGGCUGUACGCUUCUGUCAGUACUGUAAAGUUUUGUAUGGCACUGUAACUUAAGCAAGAGAUAACGGUAAUAUUUAUGUUAAAGCCUGGUGUUAAUGUGAGAGGAAUUUUAUUCUGGGGUACAAAGGUUGCAACAAUUAUCUCAAAUCUUUAACAAAUUUAAUUUAAAGAACCACCACCACAAAUUUGAACUUCUGUGGUAUUGACACACAAAUCUGGUAAUAGUUCCUUCAUCUGCUGUCAAACAAAUGCCAUUAUUCCUCUGCCUUGAUGCACAUUACUUUGAAUGGAAUAUUUUACACAAAAUAAAGUUUGUACUGAUUCUAA